AUGGAGCAGCAGCACCUGUCCGUAGCACAGAACGUGACCCGCGCCGCCACGGCGUGGGCGGCCAGCCCGGUGGGUCUCCUGGUCCGCGUGGAGGCGCUGGUGACGGCCAGCUGCGCGCUCCUCGCCACGCUCGUCUUCCUCGGCUCUGGCCGCCGCACCAGCCGCAGCGCCGCCUUCCGUUUCGUGGUCUGGCUGGCGCUGAUGCUGAGCUACCCGGCGGUGUCCUACACGAUCGGGCUGAUGCAGUCGGGCUCCUUCCGCAACGACAUGGUGGUGGUGUGGGCAUGCUUCCUGCUCGGCUGCGCCGACGGCAUCGCCGCCUGCAGCCUCGACGGCGCCGACCAGCAGGCCCGCACCAUGAUCAGCCAGGCCACGCAGGUGUUCUACGUCAUGCUCCUCCUCAUCUCCUACCUCGGUUCUCUGCAGCUGCAGCUGAAGGUGCUCCUGUCGCUGCUCUGGUUGCUCAACGUCGCCAAGCUCGUGUUGCGCCUACGGGGCCUCCUCGCCGCCGGCCGUGACCGCGUCCUCACCGCCGACAACUGGCUCAUCUCCAAGUACAUGGCUCACGAGAAGGUCAGCAGCAUCUGGGAUUUCGACCCGGCCACCAUGAGGGGCUACAGGUACGUGGUCACCGGCGACGACAAGAAGAACGUGCAGUACCAGUAUGGCGCCGCCGAGUACAAGGUGAACGACGAGCUCGUCACCGUCGAGAAAGCGUGGGAGCAGCACGACGGGAGCCUACUGAGCGACGACGACAAGCUCAAGGAUCUGUGCCUCUCCUUCUCGCUGUUCAAGCUCCUCCGGCAACGCCUCAACCUCAACGGGAAGCCGUUCCACGAGCCCAAGGACAUCAGGACGCUCGUGUUCGUCCGGAGGGGGCUCGCCGGCGGCGACUCCUGCGAAGACCACGACAGGAUGUACCGUGUCAUCGAGGUGGAGCUGGGUUUCCUCUUCGACUUCUACUACGCGAGGUACCCCUCGCCGAAGCAGACUCUCGUCCCGGAGACGGCCACGUUCAUGGCGGCCGCCGCGCUGAGCCUCUCCACCCUCUUCUCCCCGGCGCUGGUGAUCUCCCUCUUCCUGGUCCUCGAGCUCUCCCAGUACCUGUCCCUCGUCUUGUCGGACUGGCACAGGGUGAAGAUGCUGUGCCGCUACGUGCGCCACCGGCCAUGGUGGCAAGGCCACCCGAUCCUGGAGAAGUUCCUAUGGCUGACGUGCCGCGCCACGCUGACACGAAGCUACUGGAGCAACUCGGUUGGGCAGUACUCGCUGCUCCACUCCUGCCUCGAGAACCAGAGCUCCUGCCUCCUCACGCGCGUGCCGCUCCACAGGUGGGUCAAGGAUCAGCUGGCCACGACGAGGGCAGUGACGCGGCGGAGCCUGCCGGUGGCGGUGAAGCGCCAGAUCCACCGGCUGCUCCGGUCGGAGUGGCUGUCCAACGUCAAGUACGGCGACCGGACGCUGCAGAGGAACGACAUGCUGCAGGUGUUCGACUGGUCCACCUCCAGGUACAAGUUCGGCACCAUGGGCAGCAUCCUCAUCUGGCACAUCGCCACCGCCAUCUGCGACGACGAGCUCUCCAAGCUGUUUGGCGCCGCCGGUGGCAAGGCACGGCCACGCGCCGCCCACAACGCCGUCGCCGCCGACAGCCGCGAGGUGGCCACCGUGCUCUCCAACUAUUGCGCCUACCUGCUGCUCCAGGCGCCGGAGCUGGUGACGGAUGAGGUCCACGACGAGCGGCUGCUGAUGGAGGCCGUGCAGGAGGCGAUCCAGAACUACCUCCGAAACAUAGGUUGCCGCCGCUCCAAAGACGCCAUGUUCGCCAGCUUGCGAGAGUUCAUGCCGGCCGACGAGGCCAACUUUACCGGAGAAGCCGUCCUAGCCGACGGCGCACAGCUGGGGUACCAGCUGCUCUCGGCCAUGGCUGACGAGGCGGCGCUGUGGAACUUACUGGCCGAGAUGUGGGUGGAGCUGCUGCUGGCGGUUGCGCCGUCGGAGAACGUGACGGGCCACGUCAAGAAGCUGGCCACCGGCGGCGAGCUCAUCACGCACCUCUGGGCUUUGUUGACGCACGGUGGGAUUAUCAAAAGGCGAGAGAAGCCUUACUAUGACUCCCGUUAG